GCCAAUCCAGACACAGGGACCCACACACGAGUAUUUGCGAGUGCGCGCAGGCGGGCUUGGCUGCUUGUCUUACGGUCGGGCGGAGGGGCUUGAGGAGCGAGGAGAGGGGUCUCGGUAGGGGCGAGGAAGCUGAGGAUUGGUCUGGCCCUUUUUUCCGCGGCGUGAACUCUUCCCCACCACCUCCGCCUCUUCGCGCCCCUCCCCCUCCGGAGCUCCGCCCCCUCCCUUCCGAACCCCCGAGGGUGGCUCGAGCCCCCGGCUUGCUCGGUCAGUCAGAGUCAGUCAGUCAGUCAGGACGCGCGGGGCGGGGCUGAGGCCGAGGCCGGGCCGGGCUGCUGAGGAGGGAGGGGAGGAGCUGCCGCCUCCUCGGCCAAGGGGAAAGAGCAUGUCUGCAACUAGAGCCAAGAAAGUGAAGAUGGCCACCAAAUCCUGCCCGGAAUGUGAUCAACAGGUUCCUGUUGCAUGUAAAUCAUGCCCCUGUGGUUAUAUAUUUAUUAGUAGAAAACUCCUAAAUGCAAAACACUCAGAGAAAUCACCAUCUUCUGCAGAAAAUAAGCAUGAUGCCAAGAGAAGACGAACAGAGAGAGUUAGGAGAGAGAAGAUUAAUUCUACAGUAAAUAAAGAUUUAGAAAACAGAAAGAGGUCUCGAAGUAGCAGCCAAUCAGAUCAUAUCAGACGAGGAAGAGGAAGACCUAAAAGUGCAUCUGCCAAAAAACAUGAGGAAGAAAGAGAGAGACAGGAAAAGGAAGUUGACAUCUAUGCUAACCUUUCUGAUGAAAAGGCUUUCGUAUUUUCAGUCGCUUUGGCAGAAAUAAAUAGAAAAAUUAUCAAUCAAAGACUUAUUCUUUAAUACUUGUCUGCAGAACUGCUGGAAUUUUCUUCAGGAUUACAUCAACAAAUUCUCAAAUUCUAAGGACUCUCAGGAGUACUCUGCCUGCAUCAACAAGGGCCAUUGAUUCUUUCUUCCCCUUCCCCCUACCCUUUUAUCCUUCAUAUCAUUUAGCCUGUGUAACACUUUUGGAGCAGAGUUGUAGACUUGGACUUUUCUGCGUCUCUCUUGUUUACCAAGAAGCAGUGUCAGUGUUUCAUGUCUGGAAUAUGUGACUACAUUUGGUCUUUUGAAAAUAUGUGCUGGAUGAAUGCAAAGGGGGAGAGAAGUGGGGGAAGAGAAGGGAAAUAAAAUGCUUUUCAGCAUUUAGAUUUGCCACCAGAAAUGAAAUAUUUUGAAUACUUCAGAGAGAGUGAUUUUGCUUUUUAAAAUAUAUUUCAGAUUUUUCAGCUCUAACAGUUUACAUAUGUACAGUUCAUCUAACCUUUAAUAAACUGGUAAUUGUUAUUUUAUUGAACUGAGUAUUAAGAGAAUAUAUAAUGUAAUUUUUCUCUUAAAUUAAGGAUUGUUCUUGGCCUUUUAUUUUUAUGGUUGAAGGUCUAGGGUCUAGUUUGUAUCCUGGUGAUGCUUCUAGACAGCUAUUUGAGAAGUUGGAUGAUACUUGAAGAUAAAUAUUAAGGAUAUGUCAUACAAUUCAGAAAUACCACCAUGUCCUUUUAAGUAUGAUUUAUUUCUUGGUUGAACAAAAAUUGUUUUUUCUGCUCUCAAGUUGGUGCCUGUUAACCUAAAUAUAAAUUAUAUUUAUUAUAGGCAAAAUGUUUCAUGGUUAUUCAUUUUUAAGCAGUAAUGUUCUUUCUGGAUGGAUUUUUAUCCAAUAUCCUCAGAAUGAUUAAACUGUAACAACCUUAUUCUCUGGAAAUAAUAACUCUUAAGGUAAAACUAAGAACAUAGUUUUAAUAAUAUUGGUCAGCCCUUUGUUCUAGUGAAGAUUGUCACAUGUAUUUUCAUUUCUUAUGUUUUUGCAAUGUGUGAAAUGUUAAAUUGUUAUAGCUUAUCUAUUUUGCACUAAAUGCUAUUAAACUCUUUACCCAUAAACUUAAUGAUUUAACAUAUUUGAUCCUCAACUCUUUCUUUUAUAAAAUCCAAAUUGAUGUGGUUUAUAUUAAGGCCAGUGAAUAAAAUUAGGAGUUUGGUUAUAUCUACUCCCAACCACUUUAGUGACUCUUCUGCUCCAUUUCAAUGAUAGUUUUUGGUGAGGGGAGGGGAAGGUAUCAUAAAAACAGUUUACUUCAUUUUUCUGCCAGUAGUAACCAGUAGAGGAAGUAUAGCUUAGACUUCUUCCAAAGUAGUGUUAAUAUAUGAUUCUUAAAAACAAAGCUAAAAACCCACAAGGAAAAAAGUUAUUUUAAGAUCUUCAUUAAAAAUAGUAAUAUAGCAGUUAAGGUAAAGAAAGAUUGCUAGAUGCAGAAGUGGUUAGUUUAAUUUAAUUUAAUUUUCAGACAUUUGUUUAGGAAAUAAUGUAGAUGGUACAAAAUCAUUUGCUUAGGUUUUCUCUAAUUGAAACUAAAUUGAAUAUAUUUUGUCAAUUAUACUUUGUUUUAUUAAAGCAAGAUUUUUCUAAAAUAAUUUAAUUUGAGGCAUUUUAUAUGGUUGCUCAAUGGUCUCAGAAAUAGGCCUUCAAUUUUGGUACACAAAUUGAUCAUCAAAGGAACUUCUAGUCAGCAAAUGUUUUAAGAACAUAGUUGUAUCCCUGUUAAGAUUAAUAUUUAUGACAGUUAAAAUGCAUAUGAAUGAAAUCAUUCAAAAAUUUUGAAAUGGUUUCAUGAACAUAUGGGUCUGUUCAAGAGCUGUUCAGUCUUAAACAAAUAUAUAGAACUCACUUGGGGAUUAGUCAGCUAAAUUACUUUUAUAUAUAUAUAUAUGAUAGUUACAUUUCAAUUUUAGGGA